AUGGUCGACAACGACAUGCCGCCGCGACCAGAGACUGAGUUUGACUUCAGUCUUCCUCAUGGUCUCGAGGCUGGAGAAGAUGCAUCGAACGAUGACCAGAAUGACCGCGACUCUCUCCACGAUCUGUUCAACAGUCCCGAACCCGACAACGACAACGAGCACAACAAGAUUGACCACAACGAUCAUGACCUCAAUCCCGAAAAUCGGAAUAAUGACCAGCAAGACUUGAAUUACUGCGCAUUCGCGAAAGGGUUCUCAGAUGACGAGGAUGGCGAUGAGACAUUUGAUGGCUCCUGGGCAGGCCAUCAGGCUAAGACGAGUUCCUCCAGGAACAAGAAAUCGCCAAGGCGCUCAGAGACUGAUGAUGCUGACGACGAGGAGUCUCCGAGAAUGAAGAAACCUCGUCAGUCACUGUUUGGCGGUCCAGAUGAAGAGGUCGAAGAGGACGAGCCUGAUCGACGUGUUACAGAAGAUCAAUCAGGUCUUGAUGCACUGGAUACACCGGAACAAGGCAUCCGCAAUCGAAUAUCGAGUCUCAACCUCGAUCAGCAAGAAGAUGAAACGAUCCGACCGUUCAAUCUUGGCUUCGGUCUCGCGUCGUCCGACAGGGGAAGCAUCUCUCCUCGAUCUUCGCCAGCCCCAUCCGAAGGGAGUGUCAUCAUCCCACCAGACGAUCAGGUUCCCUAUGAACUGCGCAAGAACAUCGAUAGGAAAAAGACUACCACAUACCUGGACACCGACCAGACUGGCAAUUACGACCCGCUGCAAGAAGUCAAACAGAAGAUGCGUGCGCUGAACAAAGCCAGGACUGCAAAGAGAGGCAAGAAGAAGGGUAAAGAACGAGUGCCCAAGUUGCGCAUUCGAAAGCGGAUAAUCAAGUUUCACUUCGAAGUAUUUGGUAACGUCCUCAAUCUCACGAACGAAGAAGACAACUGGCCGGACAACUGGUCUGAACUCGAUUCUGAGUAUGAACGCGAAGCUCAAGAGCUCCGCAGCUUUUAUCGACGUAAUACACCUGGUGUGGUACAACAAGUUCCCAUUGUGGAUCCUGCGGGUUUGCUGCAAGAUCUGACAGGUCAUCCUGCAGCGCGUGGCUGUGUGUCUUGCCGCCUGAACGAGCAAACAUGCUCCAUGAGCGAAGAUGGCCCAUACCCUUGCUCUCGGUGUAUCGACGACAGGACUGAGUGCGAGCCUAUAUCCCCUCCCACUGUGAAAGGCCGUUGCAAGCGAUGCCGCAAAGACAACCAAGAGUCUUGCUCCUUCGAAGACAAUCCCGACCAAGCCCUCUGCGACUACUGCGCCGAGAACGAAUUUAUCUGCGAGGCUCUUCCACCAGAAGGCUACAAGGCUGACCGAGUAAGCCUAGACGCAGUCUUGUAUAGCUCUAACAGACCUCAUGCAACGUGCACAUCUUGCCGCCAGCAGAAGAAGAGGUGCAGUCUCAAGAAGAAACAUCACAAGCCGCCAUGCAAACAAUGCAAGAAAGACGGCACUGGUUGUACUUUCUACGAUCUGCCGAAGCAGGACGACUGGAGAAAGAAGCCUGGUAAAAUCGCUCCGGAAGUCUCGACGCCUGGUUCACAAUUCUUCACACCAGAAGACCUGGCAGACCUAAUGAUGAGGGAUGAAGAGAUGCCCUCCCGCGCAGUAACCCCAGACAUCGAGAUGGAAGAUGACGCAGGGCGCAAAGGGAGGCUCGGAAAAAUCAACACGUCCUUCGCCCAUCCAAUCCUGUUUAACGAAGUUGCUUUCGACGAAACAGCACAGCAGCCUUCUGACUGCAACUUCUGCGAACUCCCUAUCUUUGGCAUGAUUGGCCAUUUCGAGCGCGAGGUCCAUGUUAUCCAGUGGUAUAAUGGUCUUGGAUACACAGAAGUUGGCGGCGGGCACUGUUCGGACAAAGGACCAACGACUAUGUGCGUUAGUUGCACGACUAGUCGCUUGCAAAUUUUGGCUUGCCCAGCCCAUCAACUCACGCCGAUACGACACACCAACGAGCACCCCAGCUUUGACGAUGUGGCGGAGGAGCUUAUGUUCGCGGAGCCUGGUUCAAUAGCAAUGCAGUACCAGCUACAGCGUUGGUGCUCGAUGUGUUUCUCUGUUGCCACGUUCGGCUGUGCUUGUUCCCAGCCCUCUGUGUGUGGCGAAGAGGAAACAGAACUCUCAGGCUGUGGGUUGAGGCUCUGCGAUAGUUGCGAGAUUGCGUUGCGAGGGUUUGCAGGAGAUUUUGAUCGAAUGGCGGAGGAUAUGGAUAGGCAGUCGAAGAUUGCCGAAUUUGAUCAGCAGCAGGGUAGAAGCCUUGAAGGGGUAGCCAGGGCGGACGUUGGUUUCUUGAGACAGGAUGGCCUGCUUAUGAGGCAUAUCGGUGGUGAAGAUGGAGAGGACUGAGAGCUGGUGGAGUCCAUCAGCGACACGUCAAGUUGGAAUGAGGAUACUCAGUUUCUUUGAUGCUUUGGUCGGACUAGUAGGGCUAGUAUAUUCUUUUCGUGGCGAGACAGCGUACCCGUUCGUGAGUUUAGGGACUUUGGUUUAGGUAAUGC